UUGGGUCGUUUACGCGGGAGGUCAAUGAGGCUUGAUUUAAAAAAAAUAAUAUUUUUUUUCUGGCUUCAUGACAUGUCAUUAUCAUGCACGGCCCUGAAAUGAAGUGGAACAUGAGUUUUAAGAUAAUGAUAGCGUUACUGAUAAAUUGGGAAUUUGUAAUAUUGACAUUAGCCCAUUUUAACAAAGACAAUGCAGAUGUCGAAAGAAAUCGAUCAAAUGAGUCGCUCAAAGCACAGCAGUCUCCCGCGGACGUGGAGAGGCUGUAUUUGAGAGCCGCUGAAGCUCAUGAAGAUGACUGUGAACGAUAUCUCAACUCUUCAGCGUUUUCAAGGGAUCCAGCGGACGACUCCACGAUCCAGUCCACUUUCAAAUGCCAUGCAUGCGAGGACCACGGGUUGGUUAAUAAUGCGGACCAAAACGGUGCGAAUCCCUCGCAAAAGGACAAAUUUGAGGAGCUUCUCAGAGGACCUGUGACUUGGCGAUUCUUGAGAGAUCAACAGAAUUUGAAUGGAGCCGUGGUGUCUGACGACUCUCAGCCCGUGUUUACUUGUGGCAAGGAACACCUUUGGAUCAAGUUUUCUGAGACGGGCACUCAAAUCCACGCUUGAUUACCAAGGCUGAAUGGGCAGAUACACACACACAAAAGCAGUGCCGAUGCAUCAGAAGGAAUCAUGGGCCAUCAGUGCUGCUGAGGAUCUAUUUCAAAGACUGCUGUGCUUCAAACUGGACUCGAGGCAGAAGGAUGUACUACUAUGUAAGAGUACUUUAUUUUGAUCGCCUUCUAAUGAAGAGUUUCUCUGGCAUCGCCACCUGUCAUACUGCCAUCCUGCCACAUGAUGCACCUUCUACAGAAGAAUCAGCUGAAAUUAUCUGUGAAAAGCCAUUUGUGACUGUAAAAUUACCAGCCAAGAGGAUUAAAAGUGUUAAAGUAUUGGGUAUGUCCAGGCAAUUGCCUCGUGCUGUCUUUCGGAAAAGUCACCAUACUGUGUUUGUCAAAUUGAAACACUCUGCAGUCGAGGAUGGUAUUCUCCAGCUGGAUUAUCUUGAUGUGACUGGAAGAUCACAGACAGUCAUGUUGUCCUGUGUUCAACAGACAUUUAAAAAGGACAUCAGAAAACGAAGACAAGACCCAUUUGAUUUUAUUUCGGAAUAUGAUUCAAUACCUACUGUUGGGGCAGAUUUUGGUCUUUUGGACUUUGAUGUCAAACCCACUGUUCCUUGUGGGGAAUUUGAAAAAACAUCUAAAACGCCCCAAAGGAUACUUGCAUCCAGCACAUCUACGUUUCCAGACUCCACUACAUGGACAAACACACAUCCCUUCAGGCCACCUGAGAUGACUCCUGGCACAACCCAGAAAGCAGAAACCUCAAGUGCUGCUUUACAGUCAAGUGGAAUCGCCAAAACUGUCACUUCUGUUGUUGAUGCUGAUUCAGAGUUUUGGAUGGAUUUAGGUUUUUCUGAUUUUGAUGUCAAACCCACUAUUCCAUAUGGGGAAUUUGAAGAAACCCUGAAAACUACCCAAAGUACACUUCCAUCCAGCACACCUUUACAUCCACACACCACUUCAUGGACAAACGCAGAUCCCUUCAGGCCACCAGAAAUAACUCUUGGUACAACCAACGAAGGGGAAUCCUCAAGUGCAGCUACACAACCAGACAGGAUAACCAAAACUGCAACUCCUGUUGUUGAUGCUGAUGUAGAGUUUUGGAUAGAUUUUAAUUUUUCUGAUUUUGAUGUCAAACCCACUAUUCCUUAUGGGGAAUUUGAAGAAACCCUGAAAACUACCCAAAGUACACUUCCAUCCAGCACACCUUUACAUCCACACACCACUUCAUGGAUAAACGCAGAUCCCUUCAGGCCACCAGAAAUAACUCUUGGUACAACCAAAGAAGGGGAAUCCUCAAGUGCAGCUACACAACCAGACAGGAUAACCAAAAUGGCAACUCCUCUUGUUGAUGCUGAUGUAGAGUUUUGGAUGGAUUUUAAUUUUUCUGAUUUUGAUGUCAAACCCACUAUUCCUUAUGGGGAAUUUGAAGAAACCCCGAAAACUACUCAAAGUACACUUCCAUCAAGUACUCCCACACAAACAGGUCAGACUACAGUUUCAAGACUUGACUAUGAAUGGGGUUUCUCAGAUAUCCCAUUGACUCCUUUGAGUUCUGCAGAAACAACUCCCUCAGUUAGCUCAACAGAAAUUGUAUUGAAAACAUACACGCCUGUUAUGACAACUGCUGGAGCAACAACCUUACCUGAAACUACUACCCUUGGUACCACUUCUGCAGAAAGCACAACCCAGGGCACCACUUCUGCAGAAACAUCUUCUGUAAGUUCAACAGGAAUAAUGGAAACAUCCACGCUUGUAAUGGCAACUGCUGGAACAACAGCAUCAAAAAUAACUAUGCCUACCUCAACAUCUGCUGUUGAAACCACAUUCACUCAAACUACCUAUUUUACAGAAAUUAGUACACUUGGCACCACUUCUGCAGCAAGUACCUCACUUGGCACCUCUUCCGUAGAAAGCACAACUCUUAGCACCACUUCUGUAGAAAGAACCACCCUGGGCACCACUUCUGCAGAAACAUCCUCUGUAAGUUCAACAGGAAUCUUGGAAACAUCCACGCUUGUAACAACAACUGCUAGAACAACAGCAACUAUGCCUGCCUCAACAUCUGCAGAUGAAACCACAAUGGCUCAAGCUACCACUCCUGCAGAAACUACUACCCUUGGCCCCACUUUUGCAGCAAGUACCUCACUUGGCACCACUUCUGUAGAAAGUACAACCCUGGGCAUCACUUCUACAGAAACAUCCUCUGUAAGUUCAACAGGAGUCUUGGAAACAUCCACACUUAUGACAACUGCUGGAACACCAUCCUCAACCAUAACUACGCUCACCUUAACAUCUGCAGUUGAAUCCACAAUGGCUGAAACUACCACUUCUGCAGAAACUACUACCCUUGGCACAACUUCUGCAGCAAGUACCUCACUUGGAACCACUUCUGUAGAAACCACUACCCUUGGAACCACAUCUGUAGAAAGCACAACCAUGGAAACCACUGCUAUGGAAACUACUGCCACUGACGCCACUUCUGUAGAAAGUAAUACCUUGAGAACAACCUCCACAAAAACUACAUCCUCAACAGGAAUAUGGUUUACAUCAACACCAGUAUUGACUUCUGCUGGAACAGCUUCAGUUACAACUACACCUGCCUUAACAUCUGUUAUUGAAACCACAAUGGCUCCAACUACCACUUCUGCAGAAAUUACUGCACUUGGAACCACGUCUAUAGAAAGUACUUUGCUGGGCACCACUUCUGCUGAAACUACGCCCUCACUUCACUCAACAAGAAGAAUAUUUGAAACAUCCACACCAGUAACAACUGCUGGAGCAACAACCUCAUAUGUAACUACACCUGCCUUAACAUCUGCUCUUGAAACCACAAUGGCUCAAACUACCACUUCUGCAGAAAUUACUACACUUGGAACAGUGUCUGUAGAAAUUACAGCACUUGGCACCACUUCUGUAGACAGUACAACCUUGGACACCACAUCUGUUGAAACAUCAUUCUCAGUUAGUUCAACAGGACUAUUGGAAUCGUCCCCCCUUGUAAUUACUGCUGGGACAACAUCACGCAUGACUACGCCUGCCUUAACAUCUGCUGUUGAAACCUCAAUGGCUCAAACUACCUCUUUUACAGAAAUUACUACACUUGGCUCCACUUCUGCAGCAAGUACCUCACUUGGGAUCACUUCUGUAGAACGUACAACCCUGGGCACCACUUCUGCAGAAACAUCCUCAGUUAGUUCAACAGGAAUCUUUGAAACAUCUGCGCUUGUAAUGACAACUGCUGGAACAAUAGCAUCAACCAUAACUACGCCUGCCUCAACAUCUGCAGUUGAAACCACAAUGGCUCGAACUACUACUUUUACAGAAACUACUACCCUUGGAACCACUUCUGCAGCAAGUACCUCACUUGGAACCACUUCUGUAGAAACUACUACCCUUGGCACCACUUCUGCAGCAAGUACCUCACUUGGAACCACUUCUGUAGAAACUACUACCCUUGGAACCACUUCUGCAGCAAGUACCUCACUUGGAACCACUUCUGUAGAAACUACUACCCUUGGCACCACUUCUGCAGCAAGUACCUCACUUGGAACCACUUCUGUAGAAACUACUACCCUUGGCACCACUUCUGCAGCAAGUACCUCACUUGGAACCACUUCUGUAGAAACUACUACCCUUGGUGCCACUCCUGCAGCAAGUACCUCACUUAGGACCACUUCUGUAGAACGUACAACCCUGGGCACCACCUCUGCAGAAACUACUACCCUUGGCACCACUUCUGCAGCAAGUACCUCACUUGGAACCACUUCUGUAGAAACUACUACCCUUGGCACCACUUCUGCAGCAAGUACCUCACUUGGAACCACUUCUGUAGAAACUACUACCCUGGCACCACUUCUGGUGAAACUACUGCCCUGGCACCACUUCUGCAGCAAGUACCUCACUUUGGACCACUUCUGUAGAACCAAGUACCUCACUUGGAACCACUUCUGCAGCAAGUACCUCACUUGGAACCACUUCUGCAGCAAGUACCUCACUUGGAACCACUUCUGCAGCAAGUACCUCACUUGGAACCACUUCUGCAGCAAGUACCUCACUUGGAACCACUUCUGCAGCAAGUACCUCACUUGGAACCACUUCUGCAGCAAGUACCUCACUUGGAACCACUUCUGCAGAAAUUACUGCACUUGGAACCACUUCUGCAGCAAGUACCUCACUUGGAACCACUUCUACAGAAAUUAA